UCGUAUGCGAAGGAUGGAUGCAGGGAUGCUUAGAAAGAUAGGACGGUUGUGCAUCAGUUGAAAAAGAGCAGCUUGCUGUACUUGAUCCUGAUCUUCUAGUUCUCUUGUGAUGGAAAAAAGGCCAAACCAGACAAUGGACUGUAGACUGGAGUUAACCGUGCUUCUGGUUUUGGUGACGGUUACGUCAUCUGUUGCUCUGAGCAGGAAUGACCUCACUAAAGCUGUGGCAUAUUUGAGGAAGUACGACUACCUGCACAUCCCACUGGACCGUAAAGAGAUUAACCUUUUGCCUGAGAAAAUAGCAGAGGCCGUGAGAAUCUUUCAGAAAGUCACCAACCUUCAAAUAUCAGGAAACCUGGAUUCAGCCACACUGGGAAUGAUGAGCAAGCCUCGCUGCGGUCUAGAGGAUUCUUUUAAUAACAAAACUCUCAGAUAUCGAACCAUGGGUUCCUGGCGCAAGAAGAUGCUGACGUACCGCAUUUACAAUUACACUCCUCACCUGGGGGAGCUGCAGACCCGGCAGGCCAUCCAGAGUGCCUUCAAAUACUGGAGUGAUGUGUCGCCUUUGAGGUUCAGGGAGUUAAAACAAGGAAGAGCAGACAUCAAACUGUCUUUUCACAGAAAAGACAAGACAUGCCCGGUGGCCUUUGAUGGACGAGGCCGUGUUUUAGCCCACGCUGACGCCCCGGACUCAGGCACCGUGCACUUUGAUGAAGAUGAACUGUGGACGGAGGGAAAGAAUUAUGGCUCCAAUCUGAGGAUUGUGGCAGCUCAUGAGAUUGGCCAUGCCCUCGGCCUGGGCCACUCACAAGACCACGACGCACUGAUGGGACCCAUAUAUGGAGGAUACCGCGCAGACUUCAAGCUGCAUCCGGACGACAUACGAGGAAUUCAGGCCUUAUACGGAAAGCCAGAGAGAAUCCUUCCCCCUGGAAAACCUCACCAGCCAGUGCCACGAGGGGUCAAACCAGAUCCUUGCAAGGCCAGUCUGGAUGCAGCUAUGUUGGGUCCUUCACGUAAAACCUACGUCUUUAGUGGGGAUUACGUGUGGACGGUGUCCAGCUCUGGAUAUAGCACCCCUGCUCCCAUUUCUGCGUUGUGGAAGGAGCUGCCAGGGAGUCUCAAUGCAGCCGCUUAUUCUCAGCGGACUGGCAAGUCCUACUUUCUCAAAGGAGAUAAAGUGUGGCGAUACACAGGCUUCAAAAUUGACAGUGGGUAUCCCCGACUUUUGUCCAACAUCCCUCCAAAUAUCGACUCAGCCUUCUACUUCCCAAAGAACAAAAAAAUGAUCUUUUUCAAAGGUUCUGGGUACUGGCAGUGGGAUGAAGUGGGCCCAACAGACCUACGUUCGUAUCCCAAACCCAUUGGACAGCUCUUCAAGGGGUUGCCCAGCAACAUUGAUGCAGCUUUAACGUGGACCGAUGGGCAUGUAUACGCGUUCAAAGGCAGCAAGCUGUGGCGUGUGAACCCGCAGCAGCAGUCUGUGCAGAAGGACUACCCUGUCGUGGCCUCGGACUGGAUGCAGUGUGAUGACUGAGCCAGCAGAGGUCGACCCGGGACACUAACCCGGCCUGGACCAGGAGCAGGGAGCUGUGGGUUUGUGGGUGACUGUCUGCCUCUUCUUAGUUUACUCACUUCUUUGUCGUGCAUAUCCAAACAAAUACUAAUAAAGCUUUUUAAUUCAGCUGUAAAUAAAAUAAAUACAACUGCUUUCAGAAUUACACACAUUACCACGGACGUAAUUUGGCGGGGGGGACAUGUCCCCUGCACUUUUUCAAAAGGCCGUUUUGGUCCCACUGUUCAUAUAUAAAAUUGAUGAUCACUACUUGCAUUGAAUUAUGGAUAUUUUAUUCAAUUUCUCCCCUUCUGUGAUAUUCAAUUUGACCCACCAACCACUGGCUGGUGCUGGGUGGUGUUCCAAACAUUUGAAAUGAUUUCAUUUCAUUUUCACAUAUACCCGUCUGUGAUAAUCCAUACAUUUAUAUGCCUCUGAGUUUAACUAUAGUCAAAAUAAUUCAGAAUUUCUGCUUAUCUUUAUUCAAAAAUGAGCUAUGAUUUUAUGUAAAUGAGGUCUAUUGACCAUACAUUCCAAAAAUAAGUGUAAAAUUGGUGUUGGAGUUGGAGUGAAGUUGACUAACAAGGUGAAACACAGAAUUGGGUGAUAAUUUUAGCCACAUGCAUGAUAAUUAAAGCUACAUGCUUUACAACCAGUCAAACCACAAAAAGAACAGUGAACCUAAAAGUAACAAUCCUUUCUCAAGCCAGUUGUGUCCCCCCCACCUCUGAAAUCAUUUUGUCCAUGCACAUUACUGCUCCUCCUUCACAGUUACAACAUUAUUCAGACUAAUUUAUGAGAUUACAUCAAGUCAGUACUGUAGAUGCUGUGAGUCAUUCAUAUCAAACACUUGACAAAUUUUAGUCAUUGAUCACUUUUUUUGACUGUUUUCUGGCAUUUCAAGCUAACUACCAUGUGUUGCACUGGCAGUGUCCACUUGUUGAUGUGUACUGUAUUAUUGUGCAUAUAUUUAUGAUAUUGUCUAUAUUGAGAUAGGAUCAGUGCAAUUUUUACUUUAGAAUUGGACAGCAAAUAGGAAUUUGCUGACUUGGUAAAUUGUACAAUUUAUAGUUACAUCGAAAGAACUAAUCAAAUUAAAGAAAAUACAUUGAGUGGAUUUCCUUGAUACCUUCUUCACCUUCACCAGAGCAACAGGUCAGUGUUUCAGAAAACACAAGUGUAGAAGUACUUGCAGGGUCUUUAAAGGAUAAGGAUUAGUCAUGGAGAAGAACAGACGCACAUAAACAAACCACCGGAUGCACAGGAUUAGAUCCACUGGCCAGUUCCCCGGACUGGAUCCUGAUGCAAUUUCUAUAAUUUUCAGAUGACUGAUUUCUGUGUUAGAUUUAGCUCAGAGGUAAAAAUAAAUUAAGUUACAAAACGAUUUAAGUACACAACUGUUAGAGAUUUACUGAUGUUGGAGGACUUUUUACAGCAAAACUAAGAGUUUUAGGCAUAUUUACCUUCCAAAUGUCUGCUCUCCCCAUCCUUUACCAGCGUCA